CUCUUUCACUAGAAUCAAGGCAUCUACGAUUUUCCAUCGUCAAUCAUAUUUAGUCAGCUCUCCCUGUAACACAUUACCGUAUAUUGAACCAAGUAAACUACAACCAUGGCAAGCGAUCAAAUCCGACAGAUGGUCAAUUUCAUCCUCCAAGAGGCACACGAAAAGGCCAAUGAAAUUCGUGUUAAGGUGUGUGCCUGACAUCGUACAACGGAUCUUAUAGCAUCAGAAAGAAGCUUUCCGGUCGGUAUUGCGGGACGAUUGAAGGCAGACGAUACAUUCGGUUUUGCGGCGAUUAAAUAGCUUUGUUGAGACGGUUCCAUUCCAUGAAGCCUGCCCAAAUCUGCUCCUGUACCCCUCUAACAACAACGUCUCCGCCGAAGAGUUCCUGGUGACUAUCGAUCAAUCUAUCCGUUAACGGUCGUGCCCGCGCAAAAUCCGGCGAAGCGUGCUCAAUGCCUCAUUUUUGCAGCCGUUUUUUCUUUUCGUCGAAAUUACGUUUAAAAAUAACACUUUCUUACACUUUUCUUCGUUAUCCCUCUUCCAUGGGUUUUUCUCCUAUCUCAAACAAAAAUAGACGGAACACGACUUUAACCUUGAAAAGCAGACUUUGGUUCAUGAGGCUAAACUUUCCAUCCAAGAUGACUUUGCAAAGAAGGAGAAGCAGCACGAAAUUCAAGAGCGCAUCGCCCGAUCGUCCGAGAUUGGUGCCUGCCGUGUAAAGAAGAUGCAACUCCGUGACGAACUCUUGAACAAGCUUCUCGCUGAGGGAGGAGCCAAGUGCGCAGUAGUCGCUCGAGGAGCCAACUACCCCCAAUUGUUGCAAAAACUCAUCGUACAAUGUUUGAUCAAGAUUGAGGAAAACAACACUGAAAUUUACUGCCGCACAGAAGAUGUCGACACCGUGAAGGGCGUUCUCCCCGACGCAAUUAAGGAAUACGUUGAAAUCAUGAAGAGAGAAUCCGGCGUCACAUUGAGUCCCAAUGUUACCAUGAACGCCGACGCUGACAAAAACUUGCCAGAAAGUUCUCACGGGGGAAUUGUGAUGACCGCCCUGAACGGAAAGAUUGUAUGCGAUAACACCAUGAGCGCUCGUCUAGAACUUGUUUACGAAGAGCUGCUUCCGUCGAUCCGUAGCAUCAUGUUCCCUGAUGAGUAAGCAAAAGAUAACGAGAAGAAUAAACUCAAUAGAACACACUUUGCUAAACAAAGAAAAAGUCGUGUCGUUGUUGUUUCAUCCGAUUUUGCUUCAAAUCUGCGAAGGGACUACGAUGGCGGAUGACGGUUUAGAUAUACUACUUUUAAUAUACACCAAUAAUAUCA